AUGAUAAGGGACCGGUCCCAUUUGGCGCUGGACCCCACAAAGAAGAGAGGGAGGUUCGGCACGACGGCUAGCGAGAUCCUCAGCCCGGUCGACAAAAACAUGAUGGACUUUGUGUGCUCGCUGAUAUCGCCGGAUAGGUUCAGAGGCAGUAAGUUUACUGUAAUUUUUUAAAACUUUUAUAGCCUAAUCCAGUCUAAUAUGUCUCUAUGUCGCUUAAAACCAAACUUCUUGACCACAAAACGCAUUAUAACUAACCAUGUUGUGUUACCUUUUAUUACCUCUUUGAGACACCGCGCAGUUGUUGCUUUAGUCGACUUGUCUUUUAUUAAUAUGCAAAUGAAGCGCUUCAACUUUUGCCGUCUGUUUUUUGUACUUGGGAACGGCCAAAAACGGAGAAAGAGACUCUUGGCCUGUUUGCAUGAAUCAGAUCACGACAUGAUCCAUUCUUUCCUCUCACCGUUACGGUACUCCAACUGUCGUAUCUUGCAUUAAUUUUAGAUAGUUGAUUGUCAAUAUUGUACGUGUUGUUGAUAGUGUUGUAUGGAUAAUUGUUCCUUGUAUUGUUGACAGUUUCAUUGUUCCUUAUGCAUGAAUCAAACCGACUCAAAAUCAAUAUUUUUCUCGAAUUUGCUGUUCCAAUUUUUAAAAUUUGAUUUCAAAUUUAAAAAUUUAGUUUUAAAUUUCGUAUUUUGAAGUUUGAACCGAUUAACAGAUUACAAAGUUUUGACAAUAGAACAGAUUAGAUGAGGAACUUUGAAAAGAAAUGGUUUUACAACUUUGUUCUGUUGUAUUAGGUUUAAAUAAGUCCAAAUAAUUUUGUGCUCCCUAACUUCGCAAAUUUUCUUAAAAAGGGGGCAAAUAAUUAUUUGAACAACCUAAUAUAAUUAUUUUGAAAGCCUACAAGGCUAAAAUUAGCCUAAAAGACGAUUAGUAUAAUUUCCUUAAUAUUCAAAAACUUGUUUCUCAUUCUGUAAUCAUAAACUCGCGAUGUUCUUCACGAGCAAAGGAAGUGUUUCGAAAUCAAGGUUUUCGAAAUAAUUCUCGUCUUUUCGGUUUCUGUUAGAGUUUCUGCUUGCAGCACGGUAAUAUAAUGGAUUUUAAAACUUAAAAAUACUUUUUUUAGAUUGACGAUGUAAAUUUAGCUUAGUUUCUCUUCUAAUAAAUAAGUUAAAAAUUUUUUAAACCAAGAUUUUUACUUUUAAAUUGUAAAUUUUACUACAUUUUUGAAAUAUUCUUUACAGUUAAUUCCUUUUUGAUUUUGCAAAAUAAUUUUAGAUAUCGACUUGCAAGGACUACAAGUCUUCGCCCAGACCCAAAACGAGAUUCUCGAAACUCCUACACCCACCAAAGUCAUAUUCCCAAAGUCUGUUACUAAAGAUCAGGAAUCGUUCGCCGAAGGCUUUCAACGUGAGUUUUAACCCAAAAAUUUUUAAAUUUUUGAAUAUAUUUUAGUUUCAAAAAUACUACAACUAUCUCUUACAUAACUGAGAGAUAUUAAUCAAGACCUUUGCUCGGCUCUGGUUAGUAUCAAAAACUUUGAAAUUGUUUUAUAUUGAAGUUUUACGUAAACCAAAAACUGUACAACUAAUCUCAAUUAUAAAAGUUACGUGAAUAUCUUUCCAGAAGCGCUGAAACAACUACAACAACAGAACAGUUUCGUUCCUACGCCGACGAAUCGCAAUCUCCCGACCAUCUACAAUAUCUUGGCUGCCAUUACUCCCACCCUCCCACCACAGAAUCCCCUGAUCCCGUCUUCGUCGGCAUCGCUCGAGUCACCGUUGACUUCUGAAGCCGACACCAAGACUUCUGAGACCUUGACAUUGUCCCCCACAGCUGUAGUCACAUCCUCAAUAUCACCAUUGAGCAACGAGUCUGGGGGGUCUUUGAUCAACACGAGUACGUGCUCAUCAACGUCGAGUACUUCUGGAGUCAACCUGGCCGAAGUUCAACGGAAAUUGACUGGUACUCAAAAGUAG